GUCCGUAAGGAUGAAUGGCUCCGAGCUCGCCAGCACCACGGCAUCCAGUCCCAAAUCCAAGGAGGACCCGGUGGUGAACGGGCACGAUGAGAAGGAGAACAACCCCUUCGCUGAGUACAUGUGGAUGGAGAACGAGGAGGACUUCAACAGGCAGGUGGAGGAGGAGCUGCAGGAGCAGGAAUUCCUCGAUCGAUGCUUCCAGGAGAUGCUGGAGGAGGAGGACCAGGACUGGUUCAUCCCGUCCCGGGACCUGCCCCAGGGCGUGGGGCAGCUGCAGCAGCAGCUCCACGGGCUCUCGGUGGGGGACGGCCACGGCUCCGAGGACAUUCUGAGCAAAAGCAACUUGAAUCCAGAUGCCAAGGAGUUUGUGCCGGGUGUGAAGUACUGACAGGCCUGGAGAGAGACUGAAUCCCUGCUCCAGGGAGUGCCAGGGGAUAGAGGGGGACAGCCCGGCUGGACUCGGCGCCGGGAUCUGCUCCAGCUUCAAGUACCUGUUUUUUUCCUCCUUUAUUUUUUUUUUAACACUUUGUAUUGUCCCAUCACCUUUUUUUGGCGGUUUUUUGCUUCCUGGGACGUGUGGCCCUCUGGGCCUGUCCUGGAUUCCAGCCUCCCCCUGCUCCAGAGGCCCAUCCCUGCGUGUGCUUCAGCCCUGCUAGUGGGAAAAUCCCGGGAAAAUCCCGGGAAAUGGGGUGUGCUCGUUUCAGUAGGAUUUUUAGGGAUCCCCUGCCAGCAGCCAGCCCGGGCUGGGAGCUGCACCCGCCUUCCCCCAUUCCCUUAAAGCGGAUUCCUUCACUCCAGGUGAAGUGCACCAAGCUGGGAUCCCGAAAUUCCCCCGGGCAGGAGCUGCCCUGGCUCCACGGUGGAAGCUGAGCACUCAUUCCCACAUUCCCGUGCUGGCAGGAGGGUCCUUCCUGCUCCAGCAGUUCUGGGGGUGCUCGGGGGGGCCCAGACCCCCCAGGCAUCCACCCCUGGGAAGGGCAGCUCCUCCCAAACUCCCCCUUAGGGAAUUCCCUCCCCAGCUCUUGAGCUCAUCCAGCACUACAGGCCAUGGCUCUGAAGCCUCAUCCUAAUUCCUCUGGGAUACAAAUCCAUUCCUGGCACAAGGGGAGGGGGGGGUGGAGCAGCUUCCCUGGGGGAGGAGCGGGAUCCUCCUUUGGGAUGAGCCUGAGCCCCGAGGAGCCCCCAGGAGGGAUGUUUUUGGGAGGGGAUGGGCAGAGCCUGGUGCUGGUCCCUUUUCCAAGGCUCUGGUGCUGCCCUAGGGCAGAGCCCCUGGAGCAGCUGCUGGAGCAGGAUCUGUGUCUCCCUCAGCUGAGCUCCUGGGAACCUCCUUCCCCACCCAUGGGAGCUGCAGCUCCCAAGCCACGGCCCUGGGCACUUCCAGGGGUCUAAAUCAUGGGCUUCACGGGAUCCUUUGGAGAGCCAGGGCUGGAAAUCCCCUUCCAGGGCAAGUGGGAGCUCCUGGGGGUCAGGAAUCCCUGUCCAGGGAAUACAGGCAUGUCCCAGGGCCAGAAAUCCCUGUCCAGAGAAAGCAGGACCUCCUUGGGGUAGGAAAUCCCCAUCCAGGAAAAGUGGGAGCUUCCCAGGUCAGAAAUCCCUGAGAAAGCAGGAAGUUCCCAGGGUCAGAAAUCCCUAUCCAUGAAAAGUGGGAGCUCUUUGGGGUCAGCAAUCCCUGUCCAGGGAACACAGGAGCAUCCCAGGGCAAGAAAUACUCAUCCAGAAAAAUCAGGAACUUCCUGGGGUUGGAAAUCCAUGAGAAAACAGGAGCUUCUCCAGGUCAGAGAUCCACAUCCAGGGAAAGUCAGAGCUUCCCAGCUCAGAAAUCCAUGAGAAAGCAGGAGCUGCUCGGGGCCAGAGAUCCUUAUGCAGAGAAACCAGGAACCUCCUGGGGUUGGAAAUCCACAUCUGGGGAGAGCAGGAGCCUCCCAGGGUCAGAAAUCCCCAUCCAGGGGAAGUUGGGAGCUCCUUGAGGCCAGAAAUCCCUAUCCAUGGAAAACGGGAGCUUCUUGGGGUCAGAGAUCCCUGUCCAGAGGAACCAGGAGCUUUCUGGGGUUGGGAAUUCCUAUCCAUAGAAAGUGGGAGCUCCUGGGGGUCAGAAAUCCCCCCGUCCAGAGAAAAAGGGAGCCCGUCAGGGUUAUAAAUCCAUGGAAAGCAGGAGCUGCCGAUCCAGGACAAUUAGCACAGUUCCCGCUGGAUGAGCCGCUGCUCAUCCGUGUAAAUCCCCCUCCCGGGCGCGGUUCCUCCCCCAUUCCCGGCCCUAAAGGAGCCGCUAAUGGAUCGGGACGGGGAUCCUGAUGGCCAUUAACUCGUGGGGCCGUCGG